AUGCAUUACUUGAAACCCACCCUCCCAUUUAUCCUAGCAGUCGCUACUCUCGCCUCAGCAGAGACGACAACAGACACAUUAGCAGACAACGCGGUGAAUACAGCAUGUACCUCAGAAACCUGCUAUACCAACUGUGCCGAAUAUGACUGCCCCAAUGCUGAAGCACACGCACCGAUAUCAACAGCUGCAUCUACUAUAAGCUCUGGCAGAGCCGCCGCUACGGGCAGCACUGAUAUUGAAGAUGGAAUUGAUAUCUCCGACUCCGGGGUUAAGAAUGAUUUCACGGAGGAACAUCCGGUAUUGUCGUAUAGUGGGUUGGAGGCUAAUUCGAUCCCCCGUCCGGAAGAAGGGACUGCUGCUGGUUUGAGGGUGGGGGCUUGGUUGGGUUUCCUGGGACUUGCGUUGGGACUUCUUUUUUAG